AUGGCUCAACCUGCCGUCAGACAGCAACCUACCGUGACAAGGUCACGCAUCAGCCGACCAGGAGGCAUCCCAGCUUCUCGUAGCGGCGACCGCAUCCAUCUCACAGAAGCUGCCUCCACAAGUCAUCUGGCAAAAGCCAAGUCAACAAAAUUGGUCGGCCCCUCUACCGCAGGUAAACUCCGAGCCGAUUCCAGAUCCAUGCCACAACGCGCUGCCCUUUCUGACGUCAGUAAUCGUGCUGGCGUCGCCAGAGCCAAUGCACUAGCAGAUGGCGCCGUCAAGCUGGCGCCCGGCCACAAUGGCCUGCGCUCUCAACACACAAAAAGCAUGACCCGUCUCCGCGACGCCCGUUCGCGAUCCACGUCCGAGCAGAGACUCUCUGGCCCAACACGCUCUGUCUCGGAACAACGUGACUGUGCACCAGCCGCUGCCGAGUCUAUGCAUGUGGAGGCGUCACAACUCCUCCCACCCUUCCAGAGCUCCGCUUCAGUCAAGGUGGGCAUCAGCGACGAAGCAGGAAGCAGCAGGCUGCACGAAGACGCAGACAUCCGCGACCUCGCCGGCUCGCAGCACAGUGACCAUGUCGAAGAGGACGAGAUGUCAGAUGUCGCCUCUACUUCGAGCAGCGACGACGAUACCGCAGAGGACAUCGGCGUAGACAAGGCCAACUGGCUCGAUUCGGAACGACUCGAUGCCGGUGCAAGACCCGAGAGCGUCACCUCUGCCGAGGACGGCGACAUGCUCGACUUCAACAUUGAUCCAGAGGGUUUGGUCUCGUUACAUCCGGAGCUGGAGGAGGCCGCGCGACGCAAGGUGGCCUUGAUCAAGUCUCGCUACCAGGAGGAAGUCAUUCAGCCUCGUGCGGCGCGCGCGCAAGCACAACAUGCAGAAGCAGUCGCCGCCGGUCAGCUCUCGGCUGAGCUGGCUGCGCACGAAGACGAGCUGAUCGUCAUGGGGCUCGAUCCCGAGGAGGUACGCGACACGAGUAUGGUGGCCGAGUACUCGAAUGAGAUCUUUAGCUACAUGGCUCGGUGCGAGCGCGAGACCAUGGCCAACCCGAAUUACAUGGAGUUUCAGAGCGAGAUUCACUGGCACAUGCGUGCUACGCUCGUCGACUGGCUCUUGCAGGUGCACAUGCGCUACCACAUGCUGCCAGAGACGUUGUGGAUUGCCAUCAAUGUGGUCGACCGCUUCCUGAGCGUGCGCGUGGUCAGCCUGGCCAAGCUGCAGCUCGUCGGUGUCACGGCCAUGUUUAUUGCAGCAAAGUACGAAGAGAUCCUGGCGCCUAGCGUCAAGGAGUUUGUCUACAUGACCGAGGGUGGCUACUCGCAAGAGGAGAUCCUCAAGGGCGAGCGCAUCAUCCUCUCGACGUUGGACUUUAACAUUUCGUCCUACUGCUCACCUUACUCUUGGGUGCGAAAGAUCUCCAAGGCGGACGACUACGACAUUCGCACCCGUACCCUGUCCAAGUUCCUGAUGGAGCUGGCGCUGCUGGAUCAUCGCUUCCUGCGUGCUCGGCCCAGUCUUGUGGCCGCUGUGGGCAUGUUUUUGGCCAAAAAGAUGCUGGGAGGCGAGUGGGAUGACGCCUUUGUCUACUACUCUGACUUUACCGAAGAGCAGCUGGUCCCCGGCGCGAAUCUAUUACUCGAGCGUUUGCUGGACCAAGGCUUUGAGGAGCAGUUUGUCUACCGCAAGUACUCGAACAAAAAGUUUCUCCGGGCCAGCGUCUUUGCGCGUGAUUGGGCCUUCCAGAACCACAGCGCACUACUCGCCGCUGCUGCAGCAGCGGCAGGGUCGACUCAAGCAGGUCAGCCUUGA